AUGGACCGAGAUGAACAAGGAGUAUUUAGAAGAGUUGGAGCAGAAGCAGGCGGCGCAGCGCAGCGGGCAGCAGAGGACCAGGUGGCGGCGGUGGCGGCCGCAGCUGGUGCAGUGGCAGUGGGGGCAACAGUGGAUGGAUACCUGUUGGGGGAAGAGGAGGUGAAGCUAAAAACCCUAAUUUGGACGGAGAUGAACAAGGAGUAUUUGGAGGAGUUGGAGCAGAAGCAGGCGGCGCAGCGGGCGGCAGAGGACCAGGUGGCGGCGGUGGCUGCGGCAGCGGCAGCAGCAGCAAGUAAAUGUGGCGCCGGGACCUCUGCUCGUGCUGCUGCCGCGGCUGCAGCUGCUGCUGCAGUGCUGCAAAAGGGCGGGCUCGACCGCAAGCGGAGGCGCAAGGACGAGGCAGCACUGGGUCCUGCCCAGUCAGCAGCAGAAGCUGCCAAGAGGGUUCUCGACAAGAAGGUGGGGCUUUCUUUUGCUGCCACACUGUGUCCUCUAGCGCUCGCUCCUCCUCCUCCUCCUCCUCCUCCUCCUCCUCCUCCUCCUCCUCCUCCUCCUCCUCCUCCUCCUCCUCCUCCUCCUCCUCCUCCUCCUCCUCCUCCUCCUCCUCCUCUCCUCCUCCUCCUCUCCGAUAGUGCUGCUGCUGCUUCGAUCUCCCCAUCUCACCCAUUAAUCCCUUCCACUCGCCUCCACUCUAUCUUUCUUCAUUCCCACUCCUUUCCACCGUGCAGAGCUCAGCGCACUGCUGCUGCUGAUGAAGCAGUGACAGCAGGGGCAGAGGAAGGGCCGCUCGCAGGGGGGUAUGGUGGAGCAGAAGCAGGCUUGGGUGGGGACGAGGCGUGGGGAGGAGAUGGCGCGCUGGGUGGGUAUGGUGAUGAGUCAACUACGUACGAUGCUGAGUCAGCAGGGCAUGGGGAAGGAGACAUGGGAGUGGGCCAUGAUGAGGAUUUGGAGCAUAGGGGAGUGGAUGGGGAGGAGGGUGAUAUGGAUGGUGCUGCUGGGUUGCAUAAUGGGGAAGGUGCAGGUGAUGGUGGUGGUGGUGAGGAUGGUGAGGAGGAGGAGGAGGCAGCAGAGGCACAUGCAGCUGAUGGGGAAGAAACGGAAUACCAUGAUGUGAAUGGGGUGCAGUACCAUGUGGAAACGGGUGAGGAGCACUAUAACGAGGAUGGGGCAGGAGAGGCGGUAUGGGGAGGUGGGGGAGCGGAUCAGCUGUACGGUGCAGAUGGCAUUGACCCCGAUGACCAAUACAUGUUUUACUGA